GGUCAAUUGUCUUCGUACGACUCACUAGCAUCGCAUUACGGGCUGACAGCACAGCACUUCUUACCACUUGAUAAUUUAUCUAUCUUUUUGCCUCGACAACCGACCCGCAGUAUCAGAGAAACACGACGGAGCCGGCGAGAAACGCUGGAUCAUCAGUUCCAGUGUUGACAUUGCUGUCCUAAUAUACCCGUAUGUCGUGACGUCAACAGCUGCUGCGUGCUUGGUGUUCCAUAUAUGGAAUAAUCUAAUUAUUAUGGAUAUUGCAACAUUCUUCUUCGUGAUUCAGAUGACGAUGUCUACAUGACUGUCAACCACUUGUGAACCCAGAGAAGAUGGAUUUCCGACCUGCUGUGUCCUGGAAUGCUCAGCGGAUUCUGCUCCUCCUGGUCUUUAACAUCGCCUUGUACCACAUCGUGUCUUCUAAACAGGACGACCUCGUGUUCCGCCUGGUCGAGGAGCAGCCGGCGGGGACGUUUGUCGGCAGCGUGUCCAACUCCAGCGGCAUCGUGCACGCCGUCUCCGGGGACGUGUUCCGGAGCCUCGUCUACACCUUCCUCAAUCCCAACACCCUGGAGACGGCGUCCAUGUUCAGCAUCAACAAGCGGAACGGAGCCGUGUACACCACGUCGAAAAUCGACAGGGAGAGAAUCUGCGACCUGUCUCUCGUCUGUGAGAAACAGUUCGACGUCAUGGUGCAGUCCAACGUCAGCUCCUACCUGAAGAUCCUGUCCGUGAAGGUCGUCAUAGACGACAUCAACGACAACCAGCCAAUAUUCCAGCCCUCCGAGGUGACCAAGUAUGUCGUGGAGUCGGACAUACUCAACAGAAAGCUUUCCAUCCACAGCGCUCACGAUAUGGACACCGGUGCUGGGAAUGGCGUGAAGACUUACAGAAUAAUGUCACACACCAACAUGUUUGACACAGAGGUAGAGAACAAGCUGGACGGUAGUUCGGAUCUAAAGAUUGUCAUUCUGAAGCCUCUGGACAGAGAAAAGCAAGACAAAUACACGUUUAAAAUCGAAGCCAGCGACGGCGGCUCACCUCGUAGGACGGGGACUUUAACAGUCCAUGUCAAGGUUAAGGAUUACAAUGAUAAUGCUCCAGUGUUCACACAAACCGAAUACAAUUUCAGUGCUGCGGAGACCCUACCGCUGAAUUCUGUUAUUGGGCAGAUCUCUGCCAGUGACGUGGAUAUGGGAAGGAAUGCUCAAACGUUUUACAGAUACAGCUCUGUCCGACCGUCCAAGCUGGACGAAUUGUUUUCUUUGGACGAGUAUUCUGGAGAGCUGCGUGUUAUGUCGCCUCUGCAAUAUGAGUCGGGUCAGAUAUAUGAAACGGUUGUUGAGGCCGUUGAUAGAGGAGUACCCCCACUGACAUCUCAAGCCAAGGUGUUUAUUCGUGUGUUAGAUGUAGGGAACACUCCUCCCAAAGUGAACCUGGUGCUCAAGAAAACGGUUUACAGUGACACGAUACUCCUCUCUGAAGGAUCGCCAAUUGACACUUUCGUUGGCCAUGUUAAAGUGGAGGAUAAUGAUUCUGGUCUCAAUGGUAUUGUUUCGUGUACGAUUUACAGCACGCACUUCUCGUUAAAUGAGCUGGAAGGGAAGGGAUACGCUAUCCUGGUGAGUAGACAACUCGACAGGGAGGUGAUUCAGCAGCACAACGUCACCGUUGUUUGUUACGAUUCCGGAAGCCCCAGUCUGAAAUCGUCUGUCUCCUUUCUUGUUAUCGUCACGGACAUUAACGACAACAAUCCCGUCUUCUCCAGACCCGUUUACUACACUCGUCUGGCUGAAAACGCACCUGUCAAUCAAUUCAUCGUCAAGGUGUCGGCUCAAGACGACGAUUUGGGAGUAAAUGGAGACAUCAGUUAUAGAUUAAACAUGGACGCUGGGUCUAUGUUUACUAUAAGUUCUGUUACUGGUAUAAUAAAAUCCAAUGCAGUGUUUGACCGUGAAACCAUAUCAGAAAUGAAAUUUAUUGUCAAGGCUGUUGAUCAUGGCACCAACCCCAAUACUGGCACAGCUACUGUCAUCGUUAUAAUUGCUGACAGGAAUGAUAGAGUUCCAGAGUUUGUUAACAAACAGCAAACGAUACGAGUUCCUGAACUGACUCCUCCUGGAACAAAUGUUGGGAAGCUAUCAGCUACCGACGAAGACAAAGGGAGGAACGCCGAGAUGGAAUUUAUGUUAGACAAUCCCGGUGUUGAUAUUCCAUUCGUUGUCUUCUCUAAUGGAGUGAUCAAAACAAACAGAGUGAUCCUGAUUGAGAAUGCUACCGAAUACUUGCUGAAGGUGGUCGUGUUUGACAAAGGCAGACCACCUCUUAGUUCGUAUGGCAAUGUUACAAUUAUCAUCACUGAGGUGAACAAGAACUCCCCCGUCAUUGUGUUUCCCACCCAUCCCACCUACUCAGUUCGAAUCACCACAGACGCUGAAGUUGGAUCUAACCUUUCCCGUAUUGUUGCAACUGACAAAGACGAUGGUCCAAACGGUAAACUGACAUACGGCAUCGCAGACGGAAAUGAAGGCAACUUGUUUGGACUAGACAACUCUACGGGCGUGCUUUACAUUCAGAGAAGGAUUACCUUGGAGGAUGAGAAGCGGUACAAGCUCACGAUAUCGGUGCACGAUGGCGGGAAACCGGAACGAGAAGCAAGGACUGAAGUGUACAUCAUCCUGGAGCCGGCGGUCAUCCCGAAAGUGUUACACACGGGAGCACCAGGCACUGCUCCAGGCAAUGGUACAGCCGGGGCGAGCUCGGAGCUGCUGCCUGGAGCUCACAACUUCAUGGUUAUCGCUGGCAUCGUCGCUGGCGUUACAAUAGUUGCCAUCGUCAUCAUCGUGUCCGUGAUCGUCCUCAUCAGAAGGACCGAUAACCGGAGGCGGCCCGUGGAGAUGGUGAAGACAGGGGUGCAGGAAGAAGGGGACACGCCAGACGAACCACACAGAGUGUGGGUGGAUGUAAGUCCCGAGGACAUCAAGGCUGGGUUCGGCGAAAAGAGGGUGGAACGCAACAGAAGACCCCCGGAGAAGAAACUGCAGUUUGAACCAGACAGCAAUGCGUCCGAUUCCUUUCUAAAGAAGACAGACGUAAACAAUUUUGGGAAACAGGAGUUUUUAACAUUUAAAAUGAAACAGAACCCGAGCCCUAUCGAUGACGUCCGUAGCGACACAUCAGGGGAGACAACUGCGAGCGACAGUGGUCGUGGGUGUAGUGAAGACGAUAUUCAGUUGGUACAGAUACCCAGAAUGAAAGGACUGAAAGGGACGUACCACUCAUACUCCACUAACGUCGACCCGCCUCCACACGUCACUCAAACCAGCAUACUGACGACCUUUGCCAGUCCCAAGAUGGCGGAGAAGCAGAGGAGUCCCUGCUUCCGGUCCAUCCACACCAACCCCGAGGCAUAUUCGAGCGGCACUCUGGAGCGUGAUCCGUGUCCGCCAGACUUCUCAGACGUCGGUUUUGACAGGAACCCAGCGAAAGACCGACACGUAACGUUUGUUAAGACUGGUCUAGGAGUUAGUGGUACGGACAAAGACCGAUUCAGGCCGGACGCUGGGGAUUAUACGAUGUUGAAGAGUUGACCAUUUUGUAUUCUUCUCGUGUCUUUAAAAACAAACUAAUAGAACCUGUAAAACAGUUACAUAAAGUUGCAGAUGCAAUUUUAUGAUAUAAUUAUAAUGUAUUUUUGAGUUUAAUUAAAGGGACAUUCCUGAGUUUGCUGCAUUGUAAGAUGUUUCCGACUAAUAAAAUAUUUCUACUGUUAAACUUACACAUUAAAUAUAUU